UUGCACAGUUGAUCUCUAGUCGAGUCUACUGCCAUGAUGAGGGGGGUACUGUUACUGGUUCUCGGCCUGGCGGCCAUGGCCUCGGCUCGUCCUGACACCAUUGUAGACGAUAAAAUGUUGGACACAAUGGACAUCAAGAUGAAGCAAUUUUUCAUCUUGAAGCUCCUGAACCACGUUAUGGAACCGGUCAUGUAUAAGGAAAUUGAAGAACUUGGCAAGAACUUUAAAAUUGAAGAGAAUACCCACUUGUUUACCAGGACUGAUGUAGUAAAACAGUUCAUCAGUUUCGUGAAAACGGGUAUGCUGCCUCGUGGUGAAAUCUUCACUCUGCACGUCGACCGUCAGCUGAAAGAAGUAGUGACCAUUUUCCACAUGCUGUACUAUGCCAAGGACUUCACUACCUUUAUUAAAACCGCGUGCUGGAUGCGCUGCUACAUAAACGAGGGCAUGUUCGUCUAUGCUCUCACCGUGGCUGUUAGGCAUCGUGAGGACUGCAAGGGCAUCAUCCUCCCUCCUCCUUAUGAGAUCUAUCCCUUCUAUUUUGUACGCGCCGAUGUUAUUCAGAAGGCUUACAUGCUCAAGAUGAAGAAGGGUCUCAUAGACCACAAACUGUGUGACUUCUACGGAAUCAAGAAGACUGACAAGGAUGUGUACAUCAUCGAUGAAAACAUCUACGAUUGCCGCACAUGCCUCAACAAAGAGUCCAAACUCCGCUACUUUACUGAUGAUAUUGACCUGAACACGUAUUACUACUACUUCCACGUUGACUAUCCUUUCUGGAUGAAGGAUGAGUGUUUCGACAAGCUAAGAAUGAGGCGCUUUGAACUCACUUUGUACAUGUACCAGCAAAUCCUUGCCAGAUAUUAUCUCGAACGUUUGUCGGUCGGACUUGAUGACAUUAAAACGUUAUCGUGGUACAAACCCAUUAAGAAGGGAUAUUGGCCGUGGUUAAUGUAUCACAACGGUGUUGAAAUGCGUACUAGAAUGGACAACUAUGUUAUGGUUCGGGAUGACAAGAUCGAUGUCAUGCGCCUAGUCGAAGACUACGAAAUGAUAAUUAAGGAAGCCAUUAUUAAGGGAUUCGUUGAUAUCAACGGUAUCAGGUUGGAACUUACUAAGACUGAAGAUGUUGAGUAUCUUGGUAGGCUCAUCUAUGGCAAAGUUGAUAAAUUGGAGAAGAUGAAUAAAUACCGCGUGGAUGCUUACCGCUACUUGCUCAUCAUCAUGAAAUCCGUCCUUGGUUUUGACACCAUUCACAGUGACAAAUACUUCGUGGCUCCUACAGUCUUGGAUCAUUACCAAACCGCUCUUCGCGACCCUGUCUUCUACAAAUUGCAGAAACGUCUCGUAGACUUCGUUAUCUUGUUUAAGAGAAAGCUGCCGAGCUACACCAAGCAAGAUCUUUUCUUCCCGGGUGUCAAGGUCGAAAAUGUCGUUGUUGAUAAACUAGUUACAUACUUCGAUGAUUUCUUGAUGGACAUGACAAACGCCGUAGUCAUGACUGAUGCAGAGAUGAAGAAGACGACUAGCGACAUGAAAUUCUAUGUCCGCAAACGCCGUCUUAACCACCAACCAUUCAAGGUUACCAUGGAUAUCACGUCAGAUAAAUCUGCUGACUGUGUUGUAAGAAUGUUCCUCGGACCUAAAGAAGACUAUCUCGGCCGUCUCAUUGACAUCAAUAAGAACCGUCUAAAUUUCGUUGAAAUUGACUCUUUCCUAUACAAGUUGGUUAAUGGCAAGAACACCAUAGUGAGAAACUCCAUUGACAUGCACAACCUGGUUCGUGACCGCAUUAUGACUCGUGACCUCUGGAAGAAGAUUGACACCAUGACUGAUAUGAAGGACUUGUUCAUGAAGGACCUGAGGAACUUCCACACUGGUUUCCCUACCAGGCUGCUGCUUCCAAAGGGUCGCGUUGGUGGUAUGAAGUUCAUGCUGUACGUGAUCGUUACUCCUCUAAGGCUGGUUGACAACGUUGACUUCAACUUCUUUGAUGUCACCCGCAAGGACAUGGUGGUGGACUUCAGAUCUACCGUGCUAUUGGACAAAAUGCCUCUUGGUUUCCCAUUCGACCGUUAUAUUGAUGUUGAUAAGUUCUUUACAACUAACAUGAAGUUUAUUGAUGUGAUGAUUUUCCACAAACCACAAAAGUGUGAUAUGAAGAUGCGUUGGGAACGCUGGGUCUUGAAGAACUACAACAUGGUUGACGUAAACCGCUUCGAUUCCGACACCUACUUCACCGAUGUCGACAUUGACACCAAGAUUGACCGCGACCACACAUUCAAUUUCUAAUUAAAUAAUACAAAAUCGGACUAGAACAAGCAAUUAC